UGAAGGGAUUUGUUAAUAAGGUUAAAACUCUGUUUAAUAAAAAGGAAGAUAAUUCGCGCGAAAGUUGGUUAUUUACAAAGGCUGGAUUUAUAGACACCAAAGUAAAGAUGGCGUCCAUAGCCACCCGUGACGCCCGGCGCCUGCCUUCGGUGCCCGGCAAAACGCGCGGCCAGCGAAUCUUGGUCCCAACAUACCGACACGCCGUCAACUGGUUCAACAAAAACAGGGAAACGCUGGACCUAAUCACCGGGCUGCUUGAGGUGCAUCCAUCCCUCAUCUACCAGGAACCCUGCACCAAACUGAGGAACUUCCUGUCUGCAGUGCACACGGACACUUCCACGCGCAUCUCCGAUGUGUUUCGUCACAGCGAUAUUAAUGAUCAGCAUCAAGUGAAUUCCAGUAUUUUGAACGGUUCCGAAACUCAGAAAUCGAUGUCGGUAUCGAAUGUUCCGGAGAUACUCGUGUCUAAACCCGAAGACGAAAACAGUAGUUUGUCGGAUCCGUGCUCAACCCAAAGGGGUGAUUGCCAGUGUGUGUGUAUAUGUGGUGACGUGGACAACGAAAAAUGGCACCGCCUAGUGGUCAACUUGACAUGCAGGUUCCAGGUCCGCUGUCACCCUGCGGAGGUUGAUACCCAUGGGGUGGAGCUGGGAACCGGAUUGGAUAUGCAUGCAGUGGGGACGUUUGUGUAUUUACUAGACAGCAAAUCGUUCUUAAAUGAAAGAUGUCGCGACGCACUAAGGAAAGCCAUUAAUUUGAAUAUUCCGCUGGUUUUUGUUCGAGACAUGGAAUUCAAUAUGGAUCACGUUAGAAAUGAGCAAACUUUUCAAGAACGGGAAGACUUUAUCGAUGAAACUCUUUUAAACGCAGGCGCAAAUUCUCCGCUCAUGUUUUCACGGAAGUCUCGCAUAAAUGAUUUGUGUAUCCAUAGGCCCAUUCGCUACCAUCACUUGUCCAGCCGUUCGGUAGAUUCCGGGUUUGAUCCACAGUCGCCGGUACCGGGUAAGCAGUCUCCGGUUUCGGGUAAGCAGUCUCCGGUUUCGGGUAAGCAGCCCUGUAGCUCGUACGACCACAGUAAUGAUGACGACAUUGACCGGUUGAUCAGUGAUGAGUUCGGUCUAGCAUUGACCUAUCACCAUCUUUACCAUUCCUCAUGCAUCAACCGAAUUGUUAACGUCAUUGCAGACAAACGUCACAAUCGUGACGUCAUCAGACCUUCUUCCGGUCUACCAUUUUCAACUUACACGUUCACUGAUCCUGCGAUCAGGUGCCAGCGCAAAUCCACAUCAUUCUCGCAAAUGGAAUCGGAACACCGCUACGAAGGACCGGAAAUUGAGCGGCGGGGAAGCCGUGCAUCUGUCGGAAGCCAUUCUCUGGACAGCAUAGAGUCAACCUCAUCAGAGACUAUGUUUAUCGUGUCACGGCCGCUUGACUCUCAGACACCGGUAGUGGUUCGGUGGCCCAGGGAAGUGGAGGCAGGGGAAGCUCCUAUCUCAAACUCGCCCUCUAUUGACUCGUUCGGGUUUCAAGACAUAGACUUGAGUAAAAGUGUCAAUGAACUAGACUGGUUUGACGAGUCAGAGUAAAUUAAACGAGUUGUUCCUAUUUUCUGCUAAUCCUAUGCUCAGCUUACCCUAAUGCUCGAUUGCGUACAUUUACAUUCGGAACUCUCAGCCAUUUUCCACCAAAAACAACCUCGGUUGUACAUGGCCGGUUUACAAUGUCAGAAAUCUUUACAUUUAAAGACGCUGCAAAUAGAUCGCGUAGUUAUUUCAAUUUAGCUUUUAAACUUAAUGAAUUUACUCUUUGGAAUCUUCAUCUGCAA